AUGGCCCGCUUACGAUCGCGGCCAACGACCUCACUGUCCUUUUUAGGUAAAGUGUUGGCCGUUUUUCUUGUUGUCGCCUGUCUUCUUGCCGUGGCCUCGGCCGCUUCUUCGGCUCCGCCGUCACCAAGACAACAAACGAACAAGGACAGCGCUGCGGGCGGCGACGAUCUCAUCUGCCACACGGACGUAGCCGCCGAGUGCUACCCACGUGUCUUCCAGCCCACCAACGAGUUCCAGCGCGUGCACGAAGACCAGGACCUGCCGCCGGGCCUACACGUGCGCCUCAAUAUCAACACGGGACUGCGUGAGGCCAAGAUCAACAACGAGUCGGAGGAGCUGCCGGCGGGACUCCAGGGACUGCCGGUCGACAGUGGCGUCGUUCUAGUCGACCAGCCAGAAGACGGCAUCAACGUGGACACGCCCCGCAUUCCCAAAGGCGCGCCGGCCUACGAUCCCGCCGGGGUUGUCAAGGACCCGGGCGCCCACGCUGACGGCGAAGGCAGCCGCGCUGCCAUUACGUUCCACGAGUCCAUUGCCCUCGUCAAGGGUGUGGCCGUCGGGCAGGUGGCCUCGGGAGACAGCAACAGCAGCCGCAACGACGGCCAGAUCGACCUGGCGGCUGCUGAGCAGGGCCGCUUCCUUGAUGCGCUCGUCGAGAUUGACGAUGUGGCACACGACAUGUACUAUGGCCUCAAGCUGGCCGAGGACCGCGACAUCACGCGGCAGCUGCUGUGUCUCAUGAGCGGCGGCCGCGUCGGCGGUGACCGUGGUGUCGAGGCGGCACAGAAGGCGGCCAUGGCCGUUGCGUCCGCUGUGCAGAACAACCCCGUGGCCCUCCGUGAGGUGGCCGCCUACUGGGACGCGUACAAGAGGGGAGAGUGCGCGACGGCCGGCCGCCAGCGUGCGACACUGGGCGACGUCGUCUUUGGGCCGUACGAUGAUGGCAACGGUGCGCACGAUGACGCUGCCACCGCCAAUCGGCCGGCAUGGAUUCGCUCCCGGCUUUUGGCCAUCAGCGGCCUCAUCAGGGACAAGGAUAUUAUGCAAGACUUUUUGGCGGGCGGCGGCCUGACCGAGGUGCUGCGUCUGCUGGUCGAGCGCGAGGGCGAUGCCGCGUACGACGCAGUGCGCCAGCGUGCGGCCAACCUUGUGAACGACAACUUUUUGGACGUGAGCAUGGGUGCGGACCUGUCGCUGUGGCCCGUCAAGGCGUUUGCGGCGGCGGCCGCGGAGACCUCGUGCAGUGACGGCACGGUCCACGCGCAUUGUUGGGACCACCACAUCCAGCAGCUGGCCAGGUCACAUAGAAAGGACAAAAGCCACUGGUCGCACGGGCUGUGGAAGGGACUGGAAGACAUUACGGAGCGCUCCAGUGGCAAGUCGGAGUUGUAG